AUGAACUUUGAAUUGUAUAUUGUAAAUUGUUUACCUCCACCUGUUGAAUUAUGGCGUGAAUGUAAUACUGGUGGCCCUAAUGAUGGUGAAGUUGAAGUGGAAUUUCCAGAAUACGUUGUUCGCUCUAUAGGUGACCAUAUUCAUUUAAUUGUAUCCACCAUUUAUCCAUCAUUUGAAAACCAUCUUGAUGAUCCAUCAUAUUUUCAAGAUAAAGCUAUUUUGGUACCUACAAAUGAAGAAUUCGAUGCUACCAAUGACUACAUUUUAGGAUUGAUGAAAGAUGAAGGGAAAACAUAUCUGAGUUCAAACUCUUUAUGUGAGAUAGAGUUACCAGAUUUUUUUGAGGAAUCAAUCUACUCUUCAGUUGUGUUGAAUGAUUUUAAGGCGUCUAGAAUUUCCAACCAUAAACUUACACUAAAAAUAGGUGUUCCAGUCAUGUUACUUCGUAAUAUCGAACAAACCAAAGGACUAUGCAAUGGUACUAGGUUACAUAUUGUUAGGAUUGGAAGACACGUUAUUGAAGCCUGCAUCAUAUAUGCUAGAUUUUUCAACGAGACUACUUAUAUACCUUGCAUGAAGUUAACUCAGUUUAAUAAAAGAAUCUCAUUCCGUUUUUAG